AAAUCAAAUUAUGGCGUUUUUAUUGCUGGGAGCGCUAUUAUUAGUUAAAAACGUGAUAUAUACAUAUAUACCAUACAUUAAAAUGAUAACGUUUAUAAAGACAAGAGACACACCGUCCUUAAAGUUAAUUGAAAUUUGGACAUCUUACUUCAACGAAGCUGUAUGUUGGUCGUAUAUAUGCAUACAUACAGCCCUGAAUUUAAGGGUUUUAUCGUCCCAAAUGUGCAUGCGCAAAUAUCCCCUCUAGUUUGAUCAGGACAUAUAGAUGCGUGCGCAUCACACCGCGAUAGCAGUUGAAAUACGAAACAAGGGAUAGUCGCACUUCGUGGUGGAUCAUGUAGAUAUUCCAAUAACGUCUGAUCGCAAGGUGAUUUCGUGUACAAAGUGGAGGUUCACAGACCGCAUGCGAAAAGCAAUUAGUAUCAAUUGAGAAUUGAGUGUGUGCAAUUCGCGAUGAACUAUCCUUAAAUUGUGUAGAAAGGUGGGUACGUUCUCUAGUUUUCUUCGGCUCCGAUCAUAGACGAGAAACUUUCAAAGAAUAAGCUAAGCACUUCUUCAUCAAUGAAUCGUUCAAAGUCUCUAAACAAUUAUUAUUUCUUUGCUGACAACGGGACCUCGUGAUGAUAGUCAGAAAUUUUACGUUGACUUGUGCCUUUUUGAAGAUUGCAAAAUAAUUCGUCGAAAUCGUAAGACAGAAUAUCGAGUUUGCUGACACCAAAAAAAAAAGACAUAAAUAUGAUUUAAAACUCGCAUUGACAGCAUGAUCGGACCGUCUUCGGGUACGGGAGGCGUUUCGGAGCACGAGGUGUCGGACAAUCAGUCCAGAUCGGGGAAGAAGCGUAUCUUUGAAGACCUGGACAUCGAGAACUUCUGCGAGGAGGUACAGAACAGUCGCAAGCGGUACCAGUAUCAAGAGAUAGAAACUCCGAUGGAAAUGGUCGCUUCUAAUCAAGGGAUAAGCGACACUGCAGCGUUUUUCUCGCCAUUAUCUAGUCAGGAAGUCGUGGACGAGUGUCCAGUAGCACGAUUGGAAGUUCUAUUGGUGGACGGUACGAAUUACACUUGGACAACCGUCUCUGAACUGGAGUCUCAGCAGAACGUUACCGAAGUUGCGACCUCCCCCUCUGCGUCUUCCUCUUCCUCGGAGCACCGUCAGGAACAGGUGAUCCAGGAAGUGCAGAUAGAAGAAAUGAGCUACCCAGUUGGCUCCGAUUACUGGGAAUCUGUUGUCACGGUGCCUUCAUUGAAUCUACCACAGAAUAAAAUUGGAGGAUCUUGUAACGGCCAACAACAGCAACAACAGUUUGACGAUCAAGAGACUGGGAACCUUUCCUGGUUGCUGGACUUCAAAUUGGACCCCUUCAUUGAAGCUGCGGAUGAAAAGUCCACCGCGACAACACCCGCCAGAAACAAUUACAUUGGGAACAAGGCAAAAAUAAACGGGCGUUCUUACGGAUCUCUCUGUAGCAAUGACGUUAAAAGAAGUUACAAUGAGAAUGGCUCGUCGCAUCAGGAUUUGAAUCAGAGUUACUCGAAUUUCGAUAACAGAAACUUUGCCAGUUCACGGUGUAACGGGCCGAAGAAACCACCCUUCACGUACACAGAGCUCAUUGAACACGCUCUUCGGGAAAGGGGAGAACUUACAGUAUCAGCAAUUUAUCAGUGGAUCUCUGAGCAUUUUCCUUAUUACAAAAGCAACGAUGAUCGUUGGAAAAACUCGGUGCGGCACAACCUUUCGAUAAAUCCUCACUUCAGAAAAGGAUCAAAGGCACCUCAUGGAGCUGGACACUUAUGGGCUAUUGCAAACAGAUCCGGAGAUUCUAGACCCAGACAAACUAUCAACACUAGUUCUUCCAUAAAACAAGUUGUUAAGAGCGCUAUAGAAGCUGAGAAUAAUUGGAAAAAUAUUAGUCAAAUCAAUCCUAUAGAUGAGGUGGAAGCUGCAACUGCCAGCAUUAUACAACAACCUUCCGAGGAAGAGACCGAGAACAUAGUGAAUUCUGUAACAUUGGAACAUUGUGCAGAGGAAAUCCUAAGUGGUAUAAAAAAAGAAGUGGAAGUCCAGUAUCUUGUUCCUAUGAUGGUUUCCAACAAUGAACAUAAUAAUUCCACUCAAUCUGAUCAACAAACACAAGAACUUCAUUAUCCAGUAAAAGAGAGUGAUUUUCUUAAUCCAGUGUCCAAGGAAGUAGUGGCAGAAGAAUGUGGAUUAAUAAGCGAAGGGUAUUUAGUUACAGACUUAAAUCCCACAACCUUAGGUUUGAAUAUAGUUGAACCAGAAAUUAUCACACCGGAGAAUCUAUUUGGAGAAGAAUUAAGUUUUCAGUUUUACGAAUUGUCCUCUCCGUCACAGAUUCAAUCGGCCUGACACACCGAAAAAAAUAAAGUACGAUUGAUCGUGAUCGAUGAGUUGCAUGUACAAAAUAUUCAGGAUUGCUAUCAAGCUGAAAAUGCCGAUAGAGAUGUCCGCGAUGUUACUAAAAUCAAAGAAUUUCAACAGGUUUUUAUCGAUCAAAAAUCAUCCUCGGUUUGUGAACGCGUCACCGGAAAUCGUGACGCAUCUUCGAUAGCUGAAAGUUGAUUUUUUUCAAUAGUGCUGCCAUUUAUAUGAUGACCAACAGAAAGUUCGGUCUAAUUUAUUAAUGUCUGAAUUGUGCCUGAAUAUGUGUCUUACUAAAUCAUUUACUGCUAUAUAUAUAUAUAUUAGUAUAAUUCCUUCUAGCUCUUGCAGAGUAACAAUGUAACGUUUUUUGUAUUAGCAAAGGAAAUACAAUAUUUACUAUGAAAUGUAAA